AUGGCCUCGGAAGUGACUCUUCGCGCCAUGAAGAGUAGAGCCUUCCCGGAAUUCCUGGCUGGAAAAAAGAAAAGCUCAUCCGAAGAGGCUAAUAAGUUGAAGGAGUAUAUGAUUCCUGGAUACUACAACGAAACGGCUUUGCAAGUCAAGAAAAACUACUUGCAUCGUAACUUUUACGUCGAGUGCGAAGACAUGCAAAUUGAGAAAACGCAACUUGCUCAUGUCACGUACCAUCGUUUGACAAUGCAAGAGUACGAAGACUGGGUGAAGUUUAAGAAGCCUCUGACUGGAGCAAUAUCGUCGAAAGCUUCGGUCGAAUAUUUACGACUCUAUGUGGACGUUGCAACGGUGGAAAACUUGAAGAUAGUGCAUCUUGUGGAAAACACAUGCUACAUGCAGCACCAAAAUGUGUGCCGAGUAGUGUUUGGAUCAAGGGUUACUGACCCCGACACAGUUGACUGGCGUAUUGAAAGUAUGCGUUUGAUCAAGCAGAAGACAAUUUCACGCUCUCAGGUGAACGAUGAGAAAGACGAGUAA